GUGUUAGUGGAGCUUAGAGCGCGUUCGGGAAGGAAACAGACACCGUCACCCACCCCAAACAGACCAGCAGGAAUCAUGGGGAGUGUGUUCCUGCCGUCGGACCUGGCGAACUCAGUGUUGAGCCGGCAGCGCAGGGACAACAGCUACCUGCUAGAGGAGAUCCGGCAGGGCAACAUCCAGAGAGAGUGCAGGGAGGAGAUCUGCACCUACGAGGAGGCCAGGGAGGCCUUUGAGAAUGACGAGAAAACUCAACGGUUCUGGGAGGAGUAUGUGCGGGAGAGCAGCCCAAGUGGCGGGCUGCCGUCGGUGGUUGGCGGAGUCCACUCCCUCUACCUGAUCCUCCCCUUGCUCCUGGUUCUCCUCCUCAUCGCAGCAGUGGCCAUCACUGUGUGGCGUUGCCACUCCCGUAAGCGUUCGGAGCGCAGCCCCGCCCUGGGGGGCUCCCACCGGGACCCCACCCUAUCGGUGGUCUCCAUGGACCAGUGGGGACGGGAUUUCCACGACCACUCCGAGCUCAGCGUCCACAGCAGCCCUGCCUACCCGGGUUCGGAUGUCACGUCUGCGAGGGGAAACAGGGGAGAGCCACCGCCGUCUUAUGAGGAGGCGGUUGGCCACACGGAUGUGCACAUAGAGACAGAGCCGCCGCCUCAGUAUGAGGACAUCAUUGGCCAUGGGAAGUGAAGUAACCCCUCCCCCAUGCUCUGUCUUACCCGAUGCUCCCCUCCUCUCUCUCCAGCCCCCAUCCAGCUAUAUCAUCCUCCUGGUCACAGCCUACACCUCACCUCCCUUUAACUGUUACGUUACUGCACUAACAGAGAGUUGCUGGAUGCAAUAACGUCGAAGCUUGCACUGACCAUCGGAUAGGAGUUGAGUGAUAGCAGAGACGAUACCAAAUGUUUGAUCUCACAAAACCAAAAAAUUUUUUUUUUGCUUCCUCCAUACUACCAUAAAUUUAUGUUAUGACUACCCAGAAGGUUUUGGGCUGGCAAAUAAACGGUGCAUGACAAUUGUGUGGUGUAAAGGAGAGAACAAUUCUAGAGUUGUUUUGAAUGUGCAGGAAGUGAAUUGUUAAAAAACAUCAAUUUUACUGUCGUUUUAGCCAUAUGUUUGGGUAAGCCAGUAUUGGCUAUGUAGACUUACUGGAUCAGUGCCAGCGUCGUAUGAAUUGUGGAAGACUGUCCCAAAUGGCACCCUCUUUAUACACUGCACUACUUUUAACCAGAGCCCUAUGGGUAGUAGUGCACUAAAUAGGGUAGUUUGGGAUGCAAGCCUGUGUGUCUCUCGGAGUGACAUUAUCUGAGCUGUGCUGGCAUGGAGUGCGGAGUGACCUGCAAGGGAAUAUGGGCCAGGAAGCAGCAGAAUAUGAAGCAGCAACGGCCCAUUUUUACCUUUGGUGAUAAAUGCCACUAUGGACAGUGUGUGAGAGUGCACUUGAGUGCUUCUAUUAUUUUUUUUUACUGCAGAUAACAGCAGUGACUACAUUGAUACUAAUGUAGUGGAUAUAUGUGGCGUGACUGAAGGCACUUUCUAUUAAGGCUCAAACUGAGCCGUUUGCUAAUGAAUUCUAAGGCAGAGUCUGUUUGGGUCUAUUCAGCACAACUCCACAAUAAUGUCACAACGGUCUAUUUUACAUGCUAAUUAUGCAGCUGGGGGACUAAUUGCAGACAUCCUAAGCACGAACUAUCUGCCUAAUAUUCAUUAUCAUAAUACGUCGAUGGCCCUGUACACAUUUUAGGAUGUACAACUGAUUUACAACGCAUUUGACACCAUGGUUAUGAUACAGCGCAUAGUUUGGUCGGGAUUCAAUCUUAUCCACGUUAUUUGCGCGCUUGCCCUUGCCCUAAUGGAAAGUCAUUUCCAUUAAGCCGUCAUCUACAGUGUUUUGUUAAUGCAGGAACAUUGCCUUUUAAAAAGGUGCAUUGUCGACAGCGUUUUACCGAUUUUUGAAUCCUGGCCUUUGUCUGCACAGUAAUGUUUACACACUAAUUGUGCAGUGUCUUGACAACGCUUGUAAUAAAACAUUUUUACAAGAACUUUCUAUUGUGCCAUAUGUUGUAGAACUAAUGUACGGGGCCUGUGUACAUUACAGAUUGAGAGCACUUUUUCUGUUGACCUGUGGAUCUCAGCACUUGUCCCAAUGCUAUAUGACCGGGAUGUGUUGAUGGUCUAUUGGUACGCCCAAGACAACUUGGAAACUCAUAGGACGAGGCCCGAGUUUCCCACUUGGAAAUGAUCAGAAUCAACCAAACAAAAAGCUCCUACGCAAAUAACUAUUGUUAAUUUCAACCUGAGGUUCCGAGUUGCCAUGAAUGCGCCAUAUGGCCGUGUCCAGAAAUAACCCCUAGCCCCUACCCACUUGAAAAUGAUACAGUAUAUGGUGACAUACAGACGAGGUGGAAUUGUUGCUAAAUUGCUUCCACCUGUCCAGUCAUUUCAGGUCUACACAUAGGGGGCAAGGAAUUCUGGACAGGGCCAAUUGUACUGUUACCUUUUGAAAUCCAGUUUUACGCCUUAAGCAAAUGUAAAAAAAUACUUUGAAUAUGUACUGAGCUUGAAUUGUAAUUUAUAAUAAAAUACUUAAACAUG